ACACAGGGCUAGCGAAGAACGAGUAUCUUGGGAGGAUGAUGGAGGAAGCGUCGUUGCUGCUAAUGCGUCUCCGGAGAGGCCAGCGGCGAUGUCGGUCCCCAAAUGGCACGUGAUGAGCCAAUCAUGUGCGUCGCCAGGGCAACAGCGGCUCGGCCCAGCCCUCGUCGCUCAUCAACAUCAAUGUCGCCGCGCCUUGAAUGGCUCUUCGACAGAGCAAAGACGAGUCGCAUACCCUCCCAGCCAGACAGUCGAAGAUGGAUUCGCCUUCUGCGCAGCUCGUCGAACCGAGCAUGAUCGAGUUCGAUAUGCCGCCGUCAUCGCCCUUUGUUGCAGAAGUCGACAACCGCCGCUCAAGUCCAAACAAACAGCUCUAUGCCGAGAGCCCGCAGCAUGAGGUUGACACCGCCACAAUGGGAUCGCACACACCCGUACAAUUCAAUAUGGAAGACGAGAAAGAGAAUGUCUUGGAGCAUGACUCUACGCUUGCCAAAAUGUUCGCUUCACCCAAUAAACAUGCUGCACCCGAUCGAUCUCCAAGCAGGGCCGACAACUUCAAGAGCAGUCGGGAUUCGACACUGAUGCCGCCACCGCCUCCAUCGGCGCGUAAGGUGUCCGUCUCACCCACCAAGACUCCAUUGAGGACGAGCAGAAGUGAAGCACCCACGCCCAGAACUAGCAGCCGGGCCGAGAAUGCAGAGCGCACCCCGUCCCAAAACAUCGCCAACUUCCAGGCCGCCCUUGACGUACGAAACGCCAUGAUGCCCGCCACAGACAACAUGUACACCGACGACACCUGCUACAGCACCUUCUCAGAGAUCCCCGACAUGACUUUGUUUGCGAGGCUCGGGCAACAGAGCCCCACGCGCCGCAGCGAAGCCACCCGCACACCCCGUGCCGAUUCAGGACCGACGCCUCGCACCUCUCGAAAACGCUCAUCCACCUCUCGGUCUCCGUCACCCACUCCACGACGACAGAAGACACCGGCAACGGUCUCAAAACGGGCGGACGAGACGGGUAGCUUCCUCAUAGAUUUCACCCAGCAGCUCGAAGGCGUGACCACGAACUUCCAGCCUACUUCAUCUUCCAGGUCCCAGACCGAGUCGAAUUUGCUACAGCACAUCAACAAUCAGCGAUCCCCCAACAAGUCCAGCAGCUCGCGAUCACACCAGACCAGCACACCCAACAAGAACCUCCUCAAUCUUCUCGACUUUGAGCUACCGCCAGCACCUACUCCGCGCUCUGUCCCGACCAUCACAGUCCGCGAACUCGAGUCUCUCAAAUCGUCUUACCUGUCACAAAUCUCGAGCCUCAAAGCCACACUAUCAGGUCGCGAGGCCGAGGUGGACUCGCUCAAAAAAGCCGUAGGUGAUGCCGAACGCAGGGUAGGCGAAGCGCAAGAGAGCCUACGCGAGGAGAAAUCGAAGCGCGAGCACCUCGAGGAGGAGAUCGAAAGCUGGAAGAAGCGCGGCGUAGAGUUUGAGAGCGUGCUUCAGACGGUGAAAGAAGAAGUGCUGAACAGCGAAGCGGAGAAGGAGGAAACGAAUCGCAAGUUGGAGGAGUCCGAACGGCGGGCAGACGAUGCCGAAUCACGCGCCGUCAGAGCCGAAGAGCGGUUCGCAGAUGCUCUCGCGGCGAGAAUGAGCGCCUCUGCAGACGGUGAAAACGCGACCGAGGACCAAAUACAGCGCCUCGUGAACGCACAGAUCGACGCGAAGAUCGAAGCCGUCAGCCGCGAACUGCAUUCCGUCUACAAAGAGAAACACGAGCGGAAGGUAGCCACGCUGAAGAAAAGCUACGAAGCGCGCAGCGAGAAGAAGACAGCCGAGCUGCAGACGCGCGUGGCAGAGCUGGAGCGAGCAAAUGAGGACCUUCAAGCCUCCAAAGACUCCACCUUCACCGGUCCCAUCUCCAACACGUCAACAUCAACAUCAACAACAGAAGCCUCUCUCGGCGAAGAAAACAGCAAACUCAAGUCCCAACUCGAAGCGCAAAACGCCGCCAUCGCGCGCCUCGAGUGCGAAAUGUCCGCCUCCAAACAACAGCAAGACGACCUGCAGCGCGAGCUCAAGCAGGAGCGCAUCGAGAAAGGCGAGCUGGUCGCCGCAGUGGACGAGAUGCUGGCGCUGCAGAUGAGCGAGCUGCCGCCGCCGGCGACGCCGCAGGGCAUGCGGGCCAUGAGCGUCGUGGAGGAUUUUCGCAAAUCCAUUUCGCGGCCUUCGUUGGGCCUUCCGACUCCGUCUGGGUUGAGGGUGCCGGGUGCUGGGGGUAGUGGGAUUCCGGGGUCGGCGAGGGGCAAUGGUGGGAGUUUAGUUUCUGCUUGUCCUUCUUCUACGGCGGCGGGGAAGAGUAGGAUGUUGGCUAACAUUGAGCGGAUGGGACGGACGGGGAGUACGCAUGGGGCGGAGUAGUGGUGUUCACAUAUUU